GGUGACGGCCGAAGCGCGCCGGGUGGGGGCCGGUUUUGUUGGAGGGUCUGGAGGCCAGUGGUGCCGGCAGCAAGGAAGGCGCGGCCGGGAACCCAAGACGUCGUCAGCGGAGACUGCGGGCUCCCUGCCGGUCCCCGGCCUCAGUUUCCCGAGGUGUGGCGUGGGAAUCACUCGAGCCACGUGCUCUCUGGCCCCCGUGCCGCCCCACCGCGGCGCCCUUGGCAGAGGGGAGAGUGAGGCCCGGCACCAGGACGCCCGCAUCUUUCUACAGGUUCCGAUGGCGGCAGUGACGCAGACAGACUCAGCUCAGGGUCUGAUGGCUUUUGAAGAUGUGGCUGUGUACUUCUCCCGAGAGGAGUGGGGGCUUCUGGACACAGCCCAGAGGGCCUUGUACCGCCGUGUGACGCUGGAGAACUUCGCACUCCUGGCCUCGCUGGGUAAGGCUUGGUCCUGCGUAGGAAGCUCGGUUGCCAGCCUGGGCUGCCAGCAUUAACCUCUUAUGUCGUGGUGGCCUGGGAGCAGCCGCACGCUGCUGACAGAGUGUCCCUGUUCGCUGUGGCGCCCUCUGCUUAGUCCUUCCUGGUGCUGCCAGCCCAGUUCUUUCGCACCCGCGGCUGUUCCCAGGCUAGGGGUCAAAUCAGAGUUGCAGCUGCUGGCCUACACCACAGCGCACAGCAAUGCAGGAUUCCUAACCCGCUGAGGGAGGCCUGGGAUCGAACCUGCAUCCUCAUGGAUACUAGACAGGUUUGUUACCGCUGAUCCACAAUGGGAAUCUCCACCAGCACGGUUCUCCUCCCAGGAGCUGUUGUGCCGCUCUGUGAGUCUGCCCCGGGGGCACUCCAGGUUUUCUUGGCUCUUAGGGGGGCCCUCUCUGUCCCGUGAAGCCCUGACUGCUGCCGGCUCCUGGGGCGCCCCUCACUUGCUUGUCUUCUCACAGGACUCUCUGUGUCCCGACCCCGGGUGGUCACCCAGCUUGAGCGUGGUGAGGAGCCCUGGGUUCUCAGUGGGACAGAUGUGACGCUGGCCAGGAAUGCCCAAAGCAGGCCUAGCCCUGGCCCUGGGGGCACAACCUGGGCCAGGUGGCCCCUCGUCCUGCCCCUGGGGGGUUGACCGUGCUGAGAGGCCGACAGUAAGCAGAGCCGGUGAGGGAACGCUGCAGCCGCAGGCAGCCAGCAGUGUGAGGAGAAGGAGCAGCCUGGGGAGCACCCAGGACUGCGCACUCCCUGCCAAUAGCGUGUGUGGCCCCUGCUGUGCUCCCACUCGGCCCGCCGGGUCACCCCUGCCCACCCACUCCCGGAUCAGCCAGGUGUCCUCCGUGUCUGUGCUUUCAGGUUGUUCUCCUCCAGCAGCGGACAGAGAUGUUUCUGGAAAAGCAGCCCUGCCUGGGCCCUUGCAGGAGGGCCGUCCCCCGGCAGCUCCCAGGGCCCUCCCCACCACUGGUGCCUGCCAGCGUGGGAAAAGCCUGGAGGGCCGCGGCAGCAUCUCCCCGCAUCGGGAGAGGAAACCCACGGGGGUGUCUGUGAUCUACUGGGAAAGGCUCCGGCUGGGCCCCGGGGGCAGUGAGGCGGGGGUGGGCCUGCGGCUGACCUCUUCCCUGCGGGCCCCACCUGGGGAGAAGGCCCUGGCCGACCGGCCCCCGCUGGGAAGGCAGCCCCGGGCAUCCGAGCGGCAGAAGCCUUGGGCCCACGAGGCCCCCGGCAGAGCCUUCCUGAGCGGCCCGGGUGCUCUGGGCGGCCGAGGAAUGGGUGUGGCCUGGCGUGAGCCUCCGAGACUGGCUGCCGGGCCGGAUCCCCCGGCCUGGGCCGACCUGGGCGAGGCCCUGCCUGCCGGCCCGGGCCUCCUUCCCGGGGAGAAGCCCUUUGAGUGCAGGGCGUGCAGCAAAGUGUUCGUGAAGAGUUCAGACCUCCUGAAGCACCUGCGCACCCACACCGGCGAGCGGCCCUACGAGUGCGCGCAGUGCGGCAAGGCCUUCAGCCAGACUUCGCACCUGACGCAGCACCAGCGCAUCCACAGCGGCGAAACGCCCUACAGCUGCCCCGCCUGCGGCCAGGCCUUCCGGCACAGCUCCUCUCUGGUGCGGCACCAGCGCAUCCACACGGCCGAGAAGGCCUUCCGCUGCGCCGAGUGCGGCAAGGCCUUCAGCCACCGCUCCAACCUCAGCCAGCACCGCAAGAUCCACGCGGGCGGCCGGCCCUACGCCUGCGCGCGCUGCGGCCGCAGCUUCUGCCGCAACUCGCACCUGAUCCAGCACGAGCGCACGCACACGGGCGAGAAGCCCUUCGCCUGCGCGCUCUGCGGCGCCGCCUUCAGCCAGGGCUCGUCGCUCUUCAAGCACCGGCGCGUGCACACGGGCGAGAAGCCCUUCGCCUGUGCGCAGUGCGGCCGCGCCUUCAGCCACAGCUCCAACCUCCGGCAGCACCGGCUGCUGCACACGGGCGAGCGGCCCUUCCGCUGCAGCGACUGCGGCAAGGCCUUCGCCAAGGGCGCCGUGCUGCUCAGCCACAGGCGCAUCCACACGGGCGAGAAGCCCUUCGUGUGCGCUCAGUGCGGCCGCGCCUUCCGCGAGCGCCCGGCCCUCUUCCACCACCAGAGGCUGCACACCGGCGAGAAGCCGCCGCGGAGGCCCAGCGCAGGCCCGCGCCCCCAGGCCAGGCCUCCUGCAGGGGCCUCGCCGGAGGGCGCGCUGCGGAGGGAAGCCGGGCCCACCGCCUCCUCAGGCCCAGCCGCUGUUGCAAAGACAGCUGAGGCCUGAGGUAGCAGCCCUGGCCGACCUCGCCUGUGGCGAUUCCGUCUGUGGCUUCAGGGCCCCUGGCCUCUGCAGAUGCACGCUUUGGAGAAGCCCUGCGUGUGUGCACCACUUCUGCCUGCACGUGGUGUCGAGACUGGCCGCUCGUCAGCAGCAGCUUGCGCCUCUCUCCCCAAGAGGUCAUCCUGCAGGAAGGUCGGGGCGGCCAGCAUGGUGGUGCCGGAUCCUGCAUGUUUUGACCGUAAGCUUGAAUGGGAAGGGCCAGGGUGGGGUGGAGGCAGUCCUGAGAAAUUUCUGAGGUUUACACACAAACUUUGGGGUUUGUAUGUAACACCCCAACUCCCAGGAUAUCCCGCCCACCCCCAAGGCCUCCGUUCUUCCAAGGCUUCCUGGGAGCAGGUGCAGUGCACAGAAGUCAUGGGGGGAAGGUGCUGGCUCGGCCAGGUGGCUGGGCCCUGAGCCUUAGGGCCCGGGUCUGGGCAAGAGAAGAGUCGGGCCUGCAGAGGGGGUCUGCGCGCCGGGCAGGCCUGACCUGGGUGAGGGCCAGUAGGUGUCAACUGCCAGUCCCAGUGCUGAGUGCGGCAGGGUUUCUCCUGACAGCUCUUGUGAAGGGGCUGAGGAAACUGAGGCACAGAGGGGCUGGGAGCUGCACACAUCAGAGCCGCUGGCCCAGCAUCCGGGAAGCUCACCACCUUCCCCACAUACUUAGCCUGCCAGCUGUGAGGGCCAGGUGAAGCCUGCGUGUCCCCUGCAGUUGGCAGACCCCAAGGAGCUGGAGGCGGAAGGUCCUCGGGUGGGAGGGGAGGACAAAGACUGAGCGUGAUGGUUCCCCAGCUGUGCUUGUUCACUCAGAUUGUGGUCCAGGUCUCAGCAUCGGCUGUGUCCCAUUGCUGCCAAAGUCAGCAUUACAGGAGACUUUCCGUCCCCCUACACUAUUGAGGGGUGAGCUUAACAACAGGUCAGAGGGGACAGGAUGGGGCAGCAUGGUUCUGUGUGGUCGAGUGGCCAUGUGCCUUCCUGUUGUUCCUCCCGCAUUGGAAGGAGGACUUGCCAUUACCUAAGGCUCUGUGUGGUGCCCUCCCAGGGUGACUCCCCAGAGUGACAUUCCCCACGCGGUGGGGACAAUGAGUCAGACAGGUGGGGUGGUGCCCAGUUGGUGUCCUGUGGCCUCGACCUUGGGCUUCAUCCCCAGGGGACUUAAUGGUCUUUUUACUGGGAGGGAAAGACUGGGAGACGUUAAUCUCAGAGUCGAUAAACAUUGUAAACUUUUGCACAGCACUGCGUAGGUCCACAGCCUCCGCCUCCAGGUUAUGGUUCAGAAAGUUUUAACAAGACAAGAGUCCAGAGAGGCUCCCUAAUAAAGGUUUCUUUUCAAAAAC